AUGCAAGGAGACGUUCCGCCUCAGGGCGAAGGGAAUGAGGCGUCGCAGGUUCGCCUUUCGAGCGAAGAGAUCAACAUCCUUAUCUACCUCGUAAGCCAAACCAUCUGCGCGUUCCUGACGCCCAAGUACUUGUUGGAAUCAAAUUUCAAUCACACUGCUUUCACGCUGCUCUCAGAGUCGUCGCUCCCCUCCAGCCCUAUCUUUCAGUCAUUCAAUCCGUCCUUUCCCACGCCGUCCACUGCAGAGGCCCGUUCAGCUGGCCCUUCGCUCCGCGCAAAUGGGCUACCGAAGAAUGGCAGCAAUCAAUCUACUACUUUUGGAUCUUCCGAAGGUAAGAUCGCGCGCGGGGAGCUGAUAAGAAAGCUCUGGAAGGCUCUGAGAUGGGAGGAGAUUGAGCGGCACGCUACCAGUGAUGGGCAACUCCCCACGUCUUGUAGAUCUCCAUUCCAUCUCAUUCUACCCCAUGUCUGCUCGUCGGACGGUGGAGACUCUUCAGAGCGCAUUACCGUGUCUCCUCCGCCCAAGCGACCGGAGACUUUCCCUCCACCACCAAAGUCCGCCGAAGAACUCUCCUUUUCUGGCAAGGGGAAGCGGAAAACGCGAGACACGGGAUCGGGUGUCUCCGUCGAACAGCUCACGAGUGCCACCACCGCAGCAAGCGAGGCGAACCUCAGUGAGGGACCUGUAUCGGAGACUCUUGAACGGUCUGGCGGGUCCGUCGUAGGUGAAGACGAGAGUCCUCAGCUUGGUGGGACAGUCGCAAAGCGGUUCAAAGAGGAAAAGGCUAGAGACGGGAGGAAGGGAGCCCGUACACUUGCCUCGGCAUCUGGAGUCAAGCUUCGGUCCUUGAAGGAAAACUCAACUCGAUUCUCAUCCGGCAGCUGGAGUGAGCAUCGUGAUGCUGACCGUGAUGUGCUGGUCACCGGAAGUAGUGACGGAACUGCCAAGCUAUGGGAUUUUGACGAGCCGACUCCAGGUUCUAGCGACCAAGCUUUGCGGUUGGGGAGGAAGCCCGCUUCCAUUGCACAUAAAUCCAUUGACAGCGGAAAGAAGGCCAUCACGGCACUUGUGUGGCACCCAGAUGGGACAGUGUUUGCUACUGGAAUAUUGACCUACGGUCGAGGUGCAAUCAAUUCCCUGAAAUUCAACCCGUCCGGUACAUCACUCCUUGCGGCCAAGGACGAUUUCACGGUCUGUCUUUUCGUUUUGGACUUCGAUUUGAAAUCGCCAAAGCAGCUGAGCUUCGAAGCCCACACCAAGGAAGUUAAUGAUGUUGACUGGCUCGACGAUGAUGUCUUUGCGUCGGGCGGUAAUGAUCAUACCAUUUUCAUUUAUCGCGCAAACGAUCGCCGGCCGCGUUUCACCUUGAAGGGGCACACGGACGACGUCACGCGAGUCAAGUGGUCCCCACCGCUCGCAGAGGACAAAAGGGGUGGCAGCCGGCUUCUCGCUUCGGUCGCGGACGAUGGUUGCAUCAUGGUCUGGAAGCUGCCUCAGUAUCCCGUGGACAGAGGUACAAUCAGCCGAUCCCAAUCCCCAAACAAGCAAUCCAAGGAGCGAGAACAUGCGGACGACAUCUUCCAGCUCACAGUCGCUCCGGGAUCGGAGUACUGCGUGAAUCGUCUGCAGGUUGUGGAGAACGCAAUCGAUAACAAGCGAAUGAACACUUUGGAAUGGAGUCCGACGAGUCGCGAAGGACGUAUGAUCGUCGCCGCUGGCGAGUGCUUGCAUGUUCUCGGCGGUCUGGAAGCAGGAACCGGUUCCAUUGCCUUCUCGCCAUUAACGCCCUCGCGUCCACUGGGCAUCCUUGCUGGAGGCGGUUGGAAUGCUCACCCAAAGACUGGUAAGGCUCUGCAAGAUUUCGAGGUUCACGAAGAACUUGAUCGGCAGAGCGCAAGGGAUAAGCCCAUGAUGAUGGCCAUGGCAUGGCGGAAUGACGGUCAGCAGUUAGCCCUCGGUUUGCAUAACAAAGCUCUUCUUACUCUGUAUGUUGGAGACUUGCUCUGA